AUGGUGUUCCACAACUUCUCUGUCACAAUAAGUGUCGUUAUCGCCAUUGCAGUGUUGGUGACAUUUAUCGACAAAUGUGGUGGACAAACUAGAUCUCGCGUUAGACCUGCUCAGCCUGUAUAUCAGCAUCAGAGAAUUCCAGGAUCGUAUAAUCCUACCUCUCAGAGGCAACGUGGUCGUACGCCCUGGAUGAAUGAAGUCGAUGUUUCAUUACGAAGAAUCGACACAGAUGUUAAGCUCAUGAAGUCAACCUUAUCUUCUUUGGAAAGUAGAUUGUCUAUAACAUUGUCAGCAACAAUUUCAAGAAGGCUUAGUGGAAUACUUGAUAUCACGAAUGAUCAUGAAACUCGAAUUAAAAAAACAGAAGACAAACUCAAUCGUAUUGAACGAGAAGUGGAGAUGAUGAAACAUGGCAAUUCGGAAGUUUUGAGAACUAACGAUGAUGAUUUGUAUAUAAGCAAGGAUAACACUGGUAGUGAUAUAUUAGAAAUUUCAAAAAGCCUUGGGUAUUUGAAAGAAAGUGUUUCCAUCCAUUCCAGUCUUAUAAAGAAAUGUUUGAAUGAUUCGGAAUCACAGAAUUUCAGGAUGCAAGCCAUCCAAUCAAAAAUUCAGCAAAUUGAAGAUGACAAUUUCGAAAAAACAACAACCCAUUGCUGUGAAAACUUUGUUCGAAAUGUCUCAGAAAUAGAAAUUAAACUUCUGCACCGAAUCUCCAACGUAGAAAACGCCUCAAUGGUCCUAGAUAAAAACACCAAACUACUCGCCGGCACAUUACAAAGCCUGAUUAAAUCAAACGAAAGCGCAGGAGAGCAAAAAGAAUACGAUUAUGGAACGUUGGAUGACGAUAUCAGUGAUCAACUCAUCCACUUUGAAAUAUUCGAUGGAGACUAUCCACUGACAGAGGGUGCCAAUCUCAAUAGAUCUCAAGUUGCGCGAAUAGUAUCAAAUUCUGAGAUUGAAAAUGCUUUGUUGGAGUUUGGCAACAAGCUUCAUAGCUUUGAAGAAAGAUUAAAAGUACUAAAUCAAUCUGAGAGUACUAGCGAACUUGAUGUUAGAAUGGAGAACGAAGAAUUGAACAUUUCUAUUCAUGAAUUAUCUAAGCGGCUUGAUUUAAUAUUCUCUCGCGUUGAAAUCCAAGAAAGCUCACUCGAAGAUAUCACUGAAGUUCAAAGCAAUAGGUCUCAGGAGGUGGAAAAUGUUAAUGUUCGAUUCGAUGUCGUCCGCUCUGCGUUUCAGAGAGCUAAUGUAGAACUAGUUGGAGGAAUAAGAUCAAAUCGUCGAAUACUAGAAGCUGCUGUGAAAUCUAUACGAGAGAAGACUGAUGAUCGUCGUCGUCAGAAUUCUGCCAUAAUAAAUCUUCGACGUAGAAUAAGAAAUAUAGAAGGUCUUAAGUUGAGAAAUGCUGUCAAUGAAGAAGAUUUCCAACAAUUUAAUAAAAGUACAAGCGAGAGGAUUUCACAUCUGGAGAAUGAAAUUGAAUUAUUCAAGCAAGAAAAACUGAUAAAUCCAGUAGACACCAAUGCACUGACAAAGAAUGACGUGAAAUUGUUGAUUGGUGAUGCAAUGUUCGGAAUAAAUAAGCAAGUCAAAAACAAUGUUGGACUGUUAGCAAAUGUUGCAAACACAUCUCGUCAUAUUGCGUAUCUGGAGUCGGAGAUACGAACUUUUUCUCACGAACUUCCAUCAAUAAUCAGAUUGAAGGAAGACGUGGCAAGCACAAUAAAUUUACGAAAUUUGGUUCUGAGAAAUUCUGGUGAUGUCACAAAAGUACACGACUCAUUUGAUGAAAUCAAGACAACAGUGACAGAGAGUAAACGGAAAUUGGAUGAAAUUGACCUGGAUGUCCAAGAACUGCAAUCUUUAACAAGUGAUAUAACGUUCAGACAAGAAAAUUCUCAAGAAAAACUGACAGAGAUAUCUGACACUCUGAGAGAUACUCAAAAGCAAAUAAGACUUUAUGCACUCACCACUAAAAGAAAUAUGACAGAUAUAAUGUACGGAAUACAGAGGAUUGGAUCGAAAGCUGAAGAAUAUGAUAGUAAAAAUACAGUACUCAACGAAAAAACUAACACUUUGAGUACUGAGCUUGAUGAUUUCAAGCGGGAUUCAGAAAUAGAAAAAGCAAAAAGUCAAAGAUCGCAACUUGAAAUAACUAACAGAGUAGAUGGCUUAAAAGCAUCGCUUUUUGGAUUAAAAGAAUCGACCAAUACAUGGAAAACCAAAACAGAAAAUGAAAUUUCUAUUCUUCAGUAUACAGCUGAAGACAGCAAAGCAUCGAUUACUGAAGCAGCCAAUAAUAUUCUUGAUUUGACGACAGAUGUUAAUGUUAUUAAACAACAUCGUAUACAAGAAUUGGAAGAAAAGAACUUAAUGGAGCAAAAGCUUGAGUUUGUAGAAGACAGUGUCAGUCAACAAAAGCGGACUAUGGAGGAGACAAAGAUGGAAAUUCGAAGAGCCGGACAUUUCACAACUACCUUAGAGGAAAAGCUGAGAAUGCUGGAAACAAAAUUUAAUGUUGUUGAUCAGGCAGUAGAGAGCACAAGAAUGAUGGUCGUGAGACAAAGACAGAUUUCGAACAGAACACGACUAUUCACAUCAGAAAACAAAGAAAAGUUAGCAUCUGUAGAACAGAAAAUGCAACAUAUUUCAUCCUCCAUACAACAAAUAAAAAACAAUGUUAAUAACCAUCAGAUAGAACUGGAUGAAAUCGUGAUGAAUUCAGCAAAUCAGAGCUCAUCAAUCCGUUUGCUCAAACAAAAAUUCAAAUAUGAAUUUAUGGCAUCUAAUGCAACAAGACAACUUUUCUACAAUGUAGCUGAACUGAAGCAGGCAAUUGAGAGUUUGAAAUACGAAAUCAAUGCAACGCAGUCUUUAUACACCGCGAACAAGUUGAAGCAACGUGUUUUUGCUAUAGGUUUAUCUGAUAUUGAAUCAAGAGUAGUUAAAUGUGAAAAUGACAACCAGCAACAAAAAUCUCAGCUUGAUAGCGUAGAAUCUGAUUUGGAGAAUAAAAAUGCAGCCCAACGUUCUAACGUAGAAAAAUUGUAUGAAAUAGAACAUUCCUUACUGGAAACUAAAGAGGCUUCAAAACUUUUGAAUGGAAAAAUUGAAAACUUGAAACAAGAUAGGGACAAUAUGCAAUUUGAAGUUGAUGUAUUGGAGGAAUCUAUCAGAAAUACUUUGAACAGAACUAGAGAUAUAAGGAUAGCUGUUGAUACUCUAAAGAUAAAGGCCCAUAGAUUGGAAUCACAACAGCAAUCAAAUAUACAAAUGCUGAAUGUUUUCGAUAAAAAAACUGAAUCGAAUGCAGAAAAUUUCAGAUCACAGGACAAUGAAAUUCGAACAAUAAAGCAAGAUUUGCUUCAAUCCGUAGAUAGAGCCCAGACUCUUACAGCUGAUUUAAAACAUGUGAAAGAAGAAACUGCGAAUAUCAAUGUUCUGAAAACUAGAAUUGAUGCAUUUGAGAAAGUUGCUUCUUCACGUGAUAAGAAGAUUGCAGAAAACAGUAAUUCUAUCUCCUCACUUUGUAAUGAAAUGAACUCGACGGUUUCUGUGAUACAUCAAUUACAACUAUCCUUGUAUGAAGAGAAACAAAGAACACAUUCAAAGGAACAACAAUUACAUUCUGCUGCAAAUGAACUCAGGGCAAAGAUCUAUCGUGUCAAUUCCACUAGUAUGCUGAAUGAGAUUCGAAUUUCAAGAUUCCGCGAUGAAGAAAUUGUAAGAAACAAUAUAUUAUACAAUUUGACUAUUGAUGUCAAUUCUCUGGCAAGAAUGAUCGAUCUCCAGAAAGUUUCCAUCGAAGAUACUGAGAACGUCCUCUCCAGAAAUGUUCAAUCUUUAUCAAAAGAAAUAAGAAGAAAUGAAAUGAAAUUUUCAAAAAUAAACAGCAAGAUGUUUGAGAUUCAAUCAACUGUUGAAAAUGAUUCAUCUGAAUAUGCAGAUCGAAUCAGAUCAUUAUCAAAUUCUGUACAUUCUCAAAAAGAAGCCCUUUUGGAAGUGCUGAAUAUAUCUAGAGAUAAUGAAAGAAGAUUAAAUGGUGUAGAUGCUGAAAUACUUCGCACAAAAGAUGAACUAAACAACACACUGAUAAAAAUAGAAGAAAUUGAUAAUGAAAUGAGAAACAAAUCUGAUUUAAUAAUGGUGGAAGACAUAAAAAUAAAGUUAUUACAUGAUAUAAGUGAACUAAACAAAACAUUCUACAGUAAUUCACUUUUAAUGAACAAGAUAAAUUCCAAUGUGUCUUUGAAAUUUUAUGAGCAGUCUAAAGAAUUACAAGGUUUAAAAGAAAUUCAAAAGGAACUGUAUGGAAUAGUUGAUUUUCUAUCUAAUGGAAGACUAGAAAUAGAAGAGUCUCUGUUAGGUACAAAUGAGAGGUUGGAUCGCCUCCAAAUUAAUUAUGAAACUUUGGAUUAUAUGGCCAAAAGUUUAUCAAAAACCACAGAUGAUAUGAAGUUGCGAGAAUCGGCAAUAUUAACAAAACUCAAUUUUCAAUGGCAUCUGCAUGGAGAAAUGUUGAAAGAGGUCAUAAAUGAAGAAGAUGAGAUUCUCUUUUCAAACAAAUUUAACAAUGGAUCAAUUUUUCCACAAGAUGUAGAUGCAACUAGUCGACUGCUGUUUGCAAUUCUUCAACAGAACAGUCACAGAAAUGAACUAUUGAACACUUUGAAAUCCAAAGUGACAAGUCAUUUUCAUGAGUUGGCAAACAAAACAAUCUUUUUAUCUAAACAUUUAGCUAAAAAUGGCAAUGCAGAACAGAAAAGAAAUAUUCAAAUGAAUGUUACUCUUCAAAAACUUUUUGACAAUUUAAAAAGGAUUGCGUUUGUGGUUGAAACUAAUAAAGAGAUCUACUCUAUUGGUCUUGCAAAUAUGACAUUUCUCCUGAAUCACCAACAAAAUUCUUUGGAAAAUGUGUCUCAGGUUGCAAUGGAAAUAUCAACAUCUUUUCCCUGGCUGACAAGAAACGUAUCAUCGAUGCAAAAAAGUAUUCAAAAUGUAAACACAAAUAUGGAUCACAGCUUCAAUCUACUGAGCAAUAAUUUCAAAAAUGCUGUGCAAAACAUGACUACCCUUCAGAAUCAUUACGAUGGUCUUAACAAAGUGUCUGCUGAUUUGCUGGAAAAUAUUUCGAGCAACAAAUUACUGAUUCAAAGCCUUAAUGAGUCACUGAGAAAGUCUGAUUAUAAUCACAGUAUUUUCUACAACAAAUUGAGAACUAUGAGUGAAAAUUCAGGGCAAUCCGUCUUAUCAAAAUUGAACAAAAAUAUGAUGUAUGUUGCCAACAUGAGUGAUAAAGUUGAUUAUAUUAUUGCAGAGCAACUUAAUACAAAACUUGGUAUUAUGGAACAGAUAAUCAACAUAUCAAAUAUUUUGGAGAACUACAAUAAGACUAUUGCAAAUAAUCGAAGAAUGUCAAGGCUACAAGAAGCCACACAAAAAGUCGAAUUGGACAAACUGAAGGCCAAUUUGCAUAUUAUGACACAAAAUAUACUUAAUAUCACGGAGGAUCUAAACCUAGUAAAUCUUUCUGAUAAAUCUGACAAAUUAAAAAUAAAGAUAUUGCAAAGAAUCAUAUCAAACAUGACUAAAAAUACCCAAGACAAUGAUUUGGAGAUUGGUGUGGUAAAAUCAAAGAUAACAAAUAUAGAAAAAAUGGCAAUGUACCUCAAUCAAAAAAUUGCAAAUUUAUCAUAUGCAACAGACCAAGAAUUGAAUGUCACUAAAAAGACCUUGGCAAAACUAAAACCCAGCAUAAAUGAAAUGAAAAAUAUGCUUGGUAAUGAGAUAAUAAAGGUGUUGGCAUUCAUGAAUGAAUCUCAGAAGUUGAUAAAUACAAGGUUCUCUAUGAGCAAUCUUGCUUUUUCACGCCUGGUAAAUGAAUCAAAGAUUGUCAGUAUCAAAAUAGGUGAACUCUUCAAACAAAGUAAAUAUACCAUUGAAGAUGUGAAAAAUUUACAACUACAUGACAUUUCAGCUAUGGAUUCAUUGAAUCUAAUAAAAGAAAAUGUAUCAAAUAUUUCAAACAACACUGUCAAUUUGAGACUGCUGAUGGAUAAUAUGUCAUCACUGAUGAGUAGAAAACAAGAAAAUCAAACUAACAAACUAACUGAUUUCUUGGAAUUGUAUUCAAUGAAUUCGUAUGAAAUCUUUGCAACAUUAUCAAAGCAUCAACUACAAAUUUUGAAUGUUGUUAACGCAACGGAAAAUAUAUCUCAUAACUUGGAAUAUUUGGAACAGAACAACAAAGAUACUGACUCAAAGAUCGAAAAUAUUGUGGGAAAAUUGAAACAUACUGAAAGAAAUGUCUCAUAUGUGUUUGAAGAAAUGUUCAAUACUCAUUCUCACAUGGACUCUGUGCAUCUGAAUGUGAAUCAUUCUCUGGACGAAUUAAAAAAAUUGACUGAAAAUGAAUUGGCACAUCUUCAGGAUAGCCAUAAUUCAAUAUAUCAAAAGUUGAAUAUUUUGAACAUUACUGAUAAACAUUUGGAACAAAAGAUAUUGGAUCAGGAAAAUAGAACAAUAUAUAUUUCUGGGUUGCUCAAUGUAUCCAGCAGACUUUUCUCAGAUAAACUAAAUGCUGUACUACAAAAAGCUACAAAUAAUUCCUUUGAUAUAGAAGUUUUAAAAGAAUAUAGUGGAGUUAAUAUGUUGCAAACUAAGCUAGUGAACAAUUCUACAUUACUUCUAUCACAAAAGCUGGAAACAUUAAAUCAGAACAUAAGUGAUUUGGCUGAAUCAUGGAAAAGUCAACACGAUGUUCAAACCAAGAAAAUUCAUAUUUUUCAAAACAUAUCUGUGAUGAACCAGCAUCAAGUUGAAUAUUGUCUUGCAUAUAUUGAUAAAAGUAAUCAAACAGUAGAAAGUAUGAAUCUAAAGAUAGAAAAUGCAAAUGAAGCUAUUGACAAAAGUGAAGUCAACAUCACAUCUAUUGCAAAUAGAUUAAUUGAUACUAGCAAACAAAUUAGUGAGAUAUAUAAAAAUCUUUUAUCCAAAAUUAACAAUAUGGCGAAUGAUACUAAAACUCAGUACAAGACGGUAUUAAAAGAAUCUUUCAAAGCAAUUGAGAAUUCGGAAAUCAACAUAAGUCAGAAAUUACAUGAUUACAACAAUGAGCAAGUGCUUUCAGUGGGUCUUCUUCAUGAUAGUCUACAUGCAAUAGAACAAAACAACUCUGACAUUAUAAAAAGCAUUGAAAAUCUGCAGCAUACAAAAGAACUUCUUGAACAUGAGUCAAAUAGAGUUCGAAAUGCAUUACUUAAUGUAACAAGUAUUGUGACACCAUUACAAAGAGAAGUGGAAAUACUGCAGACAUCUUUGUUGGGAACUCACACCAGUCACAACAAUUCUUUUAUAAAUAUAAAGAAUGAGACUGUGCAGAAUGCAGCAAAUAUUGAAAAUAUUUUGGAGAAACUUACAAAUGAUCUGUAUCCCACUAACCUUACUGAAAAGGUUAAUAUGCUGGUUAAAGAUCAGAUAAAAAUGUUAGAGGAGCAAAUGGCAUUGGGCAUUAAGGUAUCAUAUGUAUCAGAAAAACUGAAGAAAACUGAUGAAGAUUUUGCUAACAAAUUCAUGAAAUUAUCUUUGAGAAUUACUGAAAAUGACAACUCAUUGUCCCCCAUGAAAAAAAAAAUUAAUCAAACGGUAAAGUCUUUUGAAGAUGAAAUCUUUGAUUUGAGAUUCAAGAUGUCUAACUAUUCGAAAGGUGUCUCAUUGUUGACUCAUUAUAACUCAUCCACAGCAAUAAAAGUGAAGUCCUUAGAAGAAGCUAUCAAAGAGAUUGAGAAAAAUCUGACAUCAUUGAAAUUUCAAUUCGAAAAAACCAGCGAAAUUUUGUUGCCGAAGUUUAACAAUCAAACAACAAAAUUGAUGGAGUUGGAGAAUAUUUGUAAACGUGGCAACACGAACAUUAUCAAAACUAUAGAACAGAUUGGAAACUCAAGCAUUUUCAUUUCAAAUUUCACUGAAUCUACAUUAAACAUCAUAGAACAAAAUAAGGAAUUAACAAAAAAUCUGGAAACGAAGAUAGCAAUUAUAUUUGAUACCAUGAAGAUCCAAGAUCAAGUAAUCGAUGAAAAUGUUGUGAAAAUAUCAGAGCUAUAUGGAUUAAACAACAAAACUUUGUCAAGUGUUACAUCAGUGAUCAAACGUUUAAUGAAAUCAGCAAAACAAUCUCAAAUGUCUCAUAUGCUACAUAUGAUGGAUUUGUUCAACACCUCAGAAAGGGACAUGAAUGAAAGAAUACUCAGUUCGAAUAAAUCCAUGCAACAUCUGAAUGAUGAAUUAAAUGGAAUUCAACAAAGAUUAGGAUAUCUCAUGGAUCGAAUUUUGAAAUAUGAAACAAAUGUUGAAAAAAUACAGAGAGUCAAUAUAACAAUGUUUUCAGAGCAAACGGAAAUAAGAAAUUUUGUUUCAAAUUUAUCUAUGGAGAUGACUGCAAUAGCAAAAGAAAUUAAUGAAAUGGAAAAUUCAUUGUUUGAGCAAAUUUCUGAGCAGAACACGUCUAUCUCUGAAGUUCGAAAUGCAAUCAUAUUGCACGAUAAGAGAAUCGAUAUUGUUCAAAAGGACUCAGGCAAUGCAUUCUCAGUUUUGUCGAAUAUUACUUCAGGAGUUGUUGCUGCAAAUAUAAAACAGAAAGAGGAAAUGGGGAUUGUUGAUAAGAAGAUGGUGAUGUUGCAAGGUGAUCUUGAAAGUAUUAAUGUUGCUAUUACUUCAUAUUCUCAAUCAGUACUGGACAAUCAAGAAAAUAUAAAUAAUGUUAAUACAUCAAUCAAUUCAAAUAUCAGAAAGCUACAGAAAAUGCUUAUAAUCUCAUAUAAAGAUUCACAAAGAGAUGCAAUUGAAAGUCUGAAUAAGACCAAAAUUAAUUUUGAUGAAAGAAUGGAAGAAAUUAACCAAUCUGUGUCUCAUGUCGCUAAAACAUCAAACCAACUACAAGUAAAAUUUGAAAAUAUCACUGAACAAGUGUCAAUCAAUAAGAUGCUUUUAAAUGUUCUACACCUACAGGAUUCAAACAUAACAGCUGUUUUGUCUAAUGAGAUAACUGUGGCAAUAAGAAAUAUAACUUCAACGAUCAAGAAAUUGCAAGAUGAAAUGACGGCAAUGGAUGUAAUGCAACUGAAGCAAAAUAAAUUUUUCACCAAUUCAUUACAUAACCUUACAAAUGAAACAAUAUUGAAUAAACAUGAAAUUAAAGACAUUUGGAAUAAAACAACGAAAAGCAGUCUUGAACUCAUAAAUACAACUGACAUUAUGCAUCAUCAUAACCGAGAACAUAUAAAGCAACUGGAAAAUGUAGGAAGAGUGUUACAGAACUUGACCAAAAAUCAGGAAAAUAAUGCAUUUUUCUUUGAAGACAUUGUGAAUGGAUUUGCUCAAAUCAACAAAACUGAAAGAAAACUCUUCAUGGAUUUGAACAAAAUUAAAAUGUCCAUGAAGAUUUCUCAAGAUCUUAUUUUAUCAAAAGCCUUAAGGGGUGUGAAUGAGUCUGAGCUUAGAAUUAUAGAGAAAUUCAGUGCACAUAGUCAAUCAUUGAAGAAUAUUGAAAACAAAACUAGACAUCUUCAUUUGCGAAUCGAAAAUGUUGAAGAAUACAUUUCAGAUCAUGAGAAAAAUAUAAAACAAUUAGUACUUUCAAAUACUACAAUUACACAGGCUAUUGAGGAAUUCAAAAAAAUAGAUAUGGAUAUCUUCAUGAACAUAACAUUAAUGAAGCAGAUGGAUGAUUUUGUUGUGAAUAGUUUGGAAAAUCAUAACAAAACUAUCAAUGACUUAAGAAUCAGAAAUAUUGUUCAUGAACAAAAUGUUCUCAAUAUUCGAAACAACAUUAGCAGUAAUGAUCUUGCCUUGACAACUAUUAGUCAUAAAGUUGAAGAUAUUGCAAGAGAACAGAAAAAUAGUGAAGAACGGUUUGCCAAAACGAUCUCAAGUAUUUUGGAAAGAGUGGAUAACAACUGGAAUAGUAUUAGUGUCAAUCAUUGGAACAUAUCAGAUUUAGUUAUUGCCAUUGAAAAAGCAAAUUUAAAAUUUAUUUCAGAUAUGGAUAAAUUAAAUAAAUCUAAUAUUAUUACUUGUGAGAAAGUUCAAGAAUUCACCUUGGAUAAACUGGAAAAAAUCCAAGAAAAUGCCACUACUAGAAUAAACGAAUAUGGGGAAAAGUUGAUGCACCUCAAUGAUGAAUCGUCAUUGUUUCACUUCAAAUUAUCUAACUUGACAAAGAGAUUGGAUGAUACACAAAGUGAUAUUGGAGGUAUACAGUUCAACUAUGAAGCAUCAUCACAGAAAUGGAAAUCACUGGAUGAUUUUGUGAAAAACUUGACAUACAAUUUCACACACUUUCGUACUGAAUUUGUUGAAACGGAAAAACAUAGGCACCGAGGUGAAAGAAGGCAAAAUGAGACAAUAGGGUUAUUAGAUGAAAAAUUUAUAUUGCAAAGAAGUUCUAUCGAAGGGAUGUUGAUGGAUAUACAGAAAAAUACUCAACUUUUAGGAUUUGUUGACAGAAGAAUGAAUCGAUUUGAUAUUGAACAGACAGUCAAAGAAGAAGAUGCAACUAAAAUGGCAAAUCUUGUACUUAACAAAGCUCUUGAUAAUGAGAAGCAAAUUGAAUCACAUUCUAAACAAUUCAUGAAAACUCUCAUAUUCAUCAAUGAGUCUAGUGCAAAAUAUGCUGAUGGUUUUGAAACACUUUCAAAGAUGAUCAGAGUUUCAGAUCAAAACAUUUUGAGUGAUGCCUUCACUGCAAUACAUGAAUCUGAAAUCAAGAUUUUGGAAAGAAUAAACCAUCAUAAUAAAUCUUUGGAGCAUAUAAGUGAAGAUUCUGCUAGUCUUCAAUGA